AUGUCUGCUAAUGAAAAUGAAACACAGGUAGAGAUCCAGGCACAGGAGCAACAGACUGCAGUGGGCAGGGUGGCUGGCCUGCCCUUGGUCAGCUCUGCCUAUGAGAUGGCUUCUGCCAACUAUGUGGCCACCAAAGAGACCUACCCAGCCAUCAAAGCUGUCUGUGAGGUGGCAGAGACUGGGGUGAAGGCCAUCACCUCUGCUGCCAUCGUCGGGGCACGUCCCAUCCUGGACCAGCUGGAGCCACAGCUUGCAGCAGCCAAUGAAUACGCCUGUAGGGGUCUGGACAGACUGGAGGAGCAGCUGCCGAUCCUGCAGCAGCCAAUUGAGAAGGUGGCUUUGGAUGCCCAAGACCUAGUGCAUGCCACAAUGGUGGGUGCCAAGGAUGCAGUCUGCAGCACGGUCACUGAGGCGAAGGAUGCAGUGACCAGCAUGGUGGGUGUGGCCAAGGGGGCUGUUCAGGAGAGUGUGGAGGUGACCAAAUCUGCAGUGACCAGUAGCAUGAGCACAGUGAUGGGCUCCAGCAUGGGGCAGAUGGCUGCGAGUGGCAUAGACAUGGCAUUGGCAAAAUCUGAGCAGUUGGUGGACCACUACCUCCCCAUGACAGAGGAGGAGCUUGCUGAGCUUGCAACAGCUCCCGUGGAGGGGCCGGGAGAGGCUCCUGCAGAGCAGCAGAGUUACUACGUGCGUCUGGGUUCCCUUUCGAGCACGCUGCGCCAGCGAGCCUACCAGCACGCCCUGGGCAAGAUGAGACAAGCCAGGCAGCGCACCCUGGAGGCCCUCUCCCAGCUCCAGCAAACCAUUGACCUGAUCAACCAUGCCAAGCAGGCUGUAGAUCAGAAGCUUCACAAUGGCCAGGACCGUCUGUACCAGAUGUGGCUCCAGUGCUGCAGGGGGAAGUUUGAAGGGCAGGAGGACCCAGACUCAGCAGAGCAGGUUGAAGCUCAGGCUCUUUCCAUGUCCCAGAGCCUCACCGAGCAACUGAAAACCACCUGCCUUACUCUCCUGGGCAGCAUUCAGGGCCUUCCCAGCACUAUCCAGGACAAGGCCCAGCAGGUCUCUAGCAGUAUAGAAGCGCUCCAGGCUUCCUUCUCCAGUGCCAGCUGUUUCCAGGAUCUGUCCAGCAGUGCCCUUGCCCAGAGUCGGGAGAAGGUGACCAAGGCCCAGGAGUCCCUGGAUGAGCUGCUGGAAUAUGUGAUGCAGAACAUUCCCCUGGACUGGAUUGUGGGACCCUUCACUCCCGCUGGAGAUGCCACACCAUGUCCUGAUGAGCUGGUGGAGGAAGGAAAGAAGGUGGAGGCCUGA